GGGAGAGACUCAGGCAGCGGGACCCGGCGGAGGCUGCGGCGCAGGCGGACGCUCCCCCCUCCUGGCUCCCCGACGCCCUGCCCUAGAUUUCCUGCGUAGCGAUUUGGCGUCAUCCCUCCUUUGCUUCUCGUAGGAGUCGCAAUUCCAGCAGCAACAGACCAGGAGAGGACGCGAAUCCCGCACCAGAGACUUCAGCACCAGCACCCCGUUCAUCAGGCGGCGGGAUGUCUGUGGUUGGCAUUGACCUCGGCUUUCUCAACUGCUACAUUGCUGUAGCGAGGAGCGGCGGCAUAGAGACCAUCGCCAAUGAGUACAGCGACAGAUGUACACCAGCCUGUAUAUCUUUGGGAUCCAGAACUCGAGCCAUUGGAAAUGCUGCCAAGAGCCAGAUUGUCACAAAUGUAAGAAAUACAAUUCAUGGAUUCAAGAAGCUUCAUGGGCGAUCAUUUGAUGAUCCUAUUGUACAAACUGAAAGGGUAAAGCUUCCUUAUGAACUACAGAAGAUGCCUAAUGGAAGUGCGGGAGUUAAGGUAAGAUACCUAGAAGAAGAGAGACCUUUUGCAAUUGAGCAAGUUACUGGAAUGCUUUUGGCCAAGCUUAAAGAGACUUCGGAAAAUGCUUUGAAGAAACCAGUGGCUGACUGUGUGAUUUCAAUACCUAGCUUUUUCACUGAUGCUGAGAGAAGAUCUGUGUUGGCUGCAGCCCAGGUUGCAGGCUUAAAUUGUUUAAGGCUGAUGAAUGAAACUACUGCAGUUGCACUAGCUUAUGGAAUUUACAAACAAGACCUUCCCCCAUUGGAUGAAAAACCGAGAAAUGUAGUAUUCAUUGAUAUGGGACAUUCUGCUUACCAGGUCUCAGUUUGUGCUUUUAACAAAGGAAAACUUAAGGUCUUGGCUACUACCUUUGAUCCAUAUUUGGGUGGCAGGAACUUUGAUGAGGCUUUAGUAGACUACUUCUGUGAUGAGUUCAAGACCAAGUAUAAGAUAAACGUGAAAGAAAACUCUCGAGCCUUGUUGCGCUUAUAUCAGGAAUGUGAGAAACUAAAGAAGCUAAUGAGUGCAAAUGCAUCAGAUCUUCCAUUGAACAUCGAAUGUUUCAUGAAUGACCUUGAUGUUUCUAGUAAAAUGAACAGAGCUCAUUUUGAACAAUUAUGUGCUUCCCUCUUGGUCAGAAUUGAGCCUCCUUUAAAAGCAGUAAUGGAGCAAGCAAAUUUACAACGUGAAGAUGUAAGUAAUAUAGAAAUUGUGGGAGGAGCAACUCGAAUUCCUGCAGUAAAGGAACAAAUAACUAAAUUCUUUCUUAAAGACAUAAGUACUACGUUAAAUGCUGAUGAAGCUGUUGCAAGAGGAUGUGCAUUACAGUGUGCAAUACUUUCUCCAGCAUUUAAAGUACGUGAAUUUUCCAUAACAGACCUUAUUCCUUACUCAAUCACGUUAAGGUGGAAGACCUCUUUGGAAGAUGGAACUGGGGAAUGUGAAGUAUUCUGUAAGAACCAUCCUGCCCCAUUCUCAAAAGUCAUCACUUUCCACAAGAAGGAACCAUUUGAACUAGAAGCAUUUUAUACUAAUUCACAUGAAGUGCCUUAUCCUGAUCCAAGAAUUGGGAGCUUCACUAUUCAGAAUGUUUUUCCACAGUCUGAUGGUGAUAGUUCCAAAGUGAAGGUAAAAGUUCGCGUUAAUAUUCAUGGAAUCUUCAGUGUGGCUAGUGCAUCAGUAAUUGAAAAGCAAAAUUUGGAAGGUGAUCACAGUGAUGCUCCAAUGGAGACAGAAGCGUCAUUUAAGAAUGAAUGCAAAGAUGAUGUGGAUAAAAUGCAGGUUGACCAAGAAGAAGGAGGUCAUCCAAAAUGCCAUGCUGAACACACACCAGAAGAAGAAAUUGAUCAUACAGGCGCCAAAACAAAGUCAGCUUCCUCAGAUAAACAAGAGAGAUUAAACCAGACCAUUAAAAAAGGAAAAGUCAAGAGUAUUGAUCUACCUAUCCAGAGUAGCCUAUGUAGACAACUGGGCCAAGAUCUUCUCAAUAGCUACAUUGAAAAUGAGGGGAAGAUGAUAAUGCAAGAUAAGUUAGAGAAAGAAAGAAAUGAUGCUAAGAAUGCUGUUGAAGAAUAUGUCUAUGAUUUUAGAGACAAACUGAGCACUGUCUAUGAAAAAUUCAUCACUCCAGAAGACUUGAAUAAACUGUCUGCAAUAUUGGAAGACACAGAAAAUUGGCUUUAUGAAGAAGGAGAGGACCAACCUAAACAAGUAUAUGUGGAUAAGUUUCAAGAACUAAAGAAAUAUGGCCAACCUAUUCAACUGAGGUACAUGGAACAUGAAGAGAGACCAAAAGCUUUAAAUGACUUGGGAAAAAAGAUCCAGCUUGUCAUGAAAGUGAUAGAAGCAUACAGAAACAAGGAUGAAAGAUAUGAUCACUUGGAUCCUGCUGAAAUGGAAAAAGUUGAAAAAUAUAUCAGUGAAGCUAUGAACUGGCUGAACAGUAAGAUGAAUGCACAGAACAAACUAAGUCUUACUCAAGAUCCUAUCGUGAAAGUUUCAGAAAUAGUAGUAAAGUCAAAGGAACUGGAUAAUUUCUGUAACCCUAUCAUUUACAAGCCCAAACCAAAAAUAGAGGUUGCUGAAGACAAAGCAAAAGCUAAUAGUGAACACAAUGGACCAAUGGAUGGACAGAGUGGGACUGAAACUAAACCAGAUGCAACAAAAGACAACUCCCAGCAUACUAAAUCUUCUGGAGAAAUGGAAAUAGAUUAAGUCUUCAUUUUUCCUUCAUGUAAUUCAAACUGUGCAAGUGACCAGAGGGUCCAUUCUUCUUUUACAUCUGGUACACACAACAGAUGUUCAAUUGUUAUUAACCACUUUUUGUCAUUUGUUUUUUGCAGUAGUUUUGAAAAGUGUUUUCUAUUGAAUGCACCUCUGU